GAAUAUCAAAAUACCAUACCCGUCCCGUACCCGAUUUAAUAAUCCGAAUAUUGGGGAUCCCCAUCCCGUUACCCGUUAUACCCGUACAUCUUCCCCGUUAGGGUCGAAUACCCGUGGAUACCAUACCUGCUGGGGAUUAUUGCCAUCCCUGUUCAUGCAGAAUCUGAUUCCAACACCUGUGUGCUCUCAUCUCUGCUCCUUCUUCCAAAUCUUCGCCACCUAAACCACUUCCUUUGUUGAACACCUGGUUCCGAUCUCUUUGUCAUUUUACGUAUUAAAGCGCACACACUGAAAUGGGUUCGUUUUUCAGCCACGGUUUCACUCCGGAACAGCUUGCAAUGGCUCUCGAUAAGGUCAAGACCACCGUGAACUCCACCCCUGUCGUCGUCUUCAGUAAAACCUACUGUGGUUAUUGCAAGAGGGUUAAGCAACUAUUGACACAGGUCGGAGCAACGUAUAAGGUUAUUGAACUAGAUGAGGAUGUUGAUGGAGGUGAAAUUCAAGCAGCUCUAGCUGAGUGGACUGGACAGACGACUGUGCCUAAUGUGUUCAUCGGGGGGAAACACAUCGGCGGUUGCGACUCUGUCUUAGAGAAGCAUCAGGCAGGUCAGCUUCUGCCUCUUCUCCGGGAGGCUGGUGCGGUUGUUAAUAACCCCGUAUCUGCCUGAAUCGUCGCAGAAAAGAUGAAACUAAGCAAUCUGUAGUCGUGCAUCAAGGUUGGACUAGUUAAAUAAAAUGAGUCUAGCUACUGAAUGUUAUGUUUGAUAAAGUACACAGCAAAAAGAAGAAGCUCUUCUAUGGUUGUAUGAACUGUAUGUUCCUGUUACAAUAUGUAACGAACUGCUGCUAAGUUUAGAUUGCAGAUUUGAUAUGUCAUGUGUUGGGUGUUGUUAUAGGGUCCAAGUUUACAUUCCAGUAACUGUACUGUUUUAAUACCUCAAAACUAGUCCACAUCUUGAGGUAUCAAAAAUCUACUAGUUACAUCAUUCAUUAUAUAAACAGGCAUGCUUUUAAGCUCUCGGUUUCUAGUUACAUCAGAUCUGUUUUCUUUCCGUUCCAUUUCAAUUUG